UGAACCCAGCUGUUAUAUUCAGUAGGGAUCCCAGGAAUCUCUGCUAUGUUUGUUGGAAGUCAUUUGGCUGUUAUGGGAAAUGGGAAAUUGCCCAUUUGAGAGCAGAGGACAUUCAAAUCUGUCCUGGGGUCUGGCAGCGUGGUUCCGAGCUGGUCUACCAAUUGGGUGACAAUUCUUGUGCUGGGGUUGGGUGGAUGGGGGGUGGGGUUUACCUCUGCUAAGCAGGGGAAAGAUGGGAGUGUGUGCUGGGGCUACUCAUGUUCUGAUCCCUCCAAUUGCCAUAGCUCCCCAGUCCUUCAGAACUGUGAAUAAAUGUCUGGAGGGAGGCAGGCAGCCUUGAAAGGAGACUUCCACCUCUUUCUCCAAGGAUGGGCACAUCAGAAUCAGCGCCCAGGUAGGCAUGCCAGGGCCCCUGAAGGUGCCUAGUUCUGAAUCACUGGGCAUUUCAUCUCCAGUGCCAGGAAGGAGUUAACCUGGCAAGAUAACUGGACUCCUCUAGGAGGGAAGACUGCCCAGCUCUGCCGCUGCCAACUCCGGGAGAAGUUCUGGGAUGUGUAGUUUGUGCCACCACCUGCCCUGGACGCCGCGUGUCUCAGCAUGGCCGGGGAGACUACAGUUCCCAGCGACCUAGAGAGGCCAGACUGAGGGGGAGGUGGGGUAUGAGGCUGGGUGCAGCCCAGACUGGGAGGAGGAGGUGGAAAGAGAAAGUCCAAUUCACCCCCCUCGUUUUAAUUCUUUCUCCUGGUGUGUCUGCUCCACCACCAGAGCUAAUCCCCCAAAUCCGGUCUCCUAAGCCGCAGCUGCUUCCCUGCACUGAUGAAUGGCUCAGGAGGGAAGAUUCUCUCUGGUGAGCAGCCUCCCAGCCUGUUCUAGGGCAUGCCCCAGUUCACUUUCGCCUGCUUCUGUGGCCUCCAUGGCUUCUGCAAGAUGAAGAGGAAGAAGGAGGAUGUUCACAAAGAGAGGGAAACUGCUGUGUGAACAGUCAGGGCCCCCUGGGGUCCUAGCAUGCCCCAGGCCUGAGAGUGCCCACUGUUGUCCAGGCCAGUAACAAAAUCUCCGGAGGUUCAGCUCUGCUCAGUGGACUGCGCCCCAGCAUCUGCCUCCUCAAGCACUAUCCAGGCCCCUCCAGAGAGAGGCAGUCCCCACUUCACAGGCAGAUGCCAGCCUACAGGAGAAGAUUCUGGGGAGCCCAGACUAAGGCUCCUUCCUGAUCAUGGAGAUGUUACCUGGAGCCAGCAAGUGAGAGAGGCUGCCUUCCAGAGGGCAGCGGACAGGCCUGACCCAAGGGGCCACGGAAUUUGAGGCGUCAUCUUCUAAGCAGAAGAUGCAGCCUCGGGUACCCACAAGCUGUGAAAGGUUGUUGACCAGGCCUGAAGGGCAGCGUGGGUGUAAACAGAGGCAUUUGAGACUCAGCAGGGAGUGUGUCUCCCCAUCCCUGCUGUGCCUGGACCUGUGAGGCCCUUCACCCAGCCAUGUCCCCUGGCCAUAGGGAGCCCAUUCCUUGGGCCCUGACUCCUCCUCAGGGACUCUUUCAGCAUGGCUUUCAGCAGCAACCCUCCAGCCCUACACUCCUGCCUCCUCACCCUUCUGCCUCUUCUCAGAAGCCAUAGCGGGAACUGCCCACAUGUGGUGCCUUUAGGGAAAGCUCUAAGGAUCCUCUAGGGCCUCCCUGGAUUUUCCUUCUACUCUGUUACCCCAUCAUUCCAGCAUAGCUCAGCCUUUGUCAUUGUGCCUGAGUCUCGGUACAGUGGUCAGGCCGGCAGUGCCAGCAGUAGCCACUCUACAGAUCAGCUCAAGCAAGGCUGCCCCUACAUUCUCUAGAGGAUUUAGUCUGAUCCCCCACUACCUCCCUGAGAGAUGCCUCUUGGGGCCUAAGGGAAGACUGUUUCUGUGGGCACCUGCUCCUGGCAGCCUUGGUCUUGCCAUGCUUAGUGCAUGGAGGGACUCCAGCGGGUGCUGUGAGGCACAGCUAAAGGCUCCUCUGCCUCAUCCUCUCCCCACCUUUGCCCCAGCCUUCCACAGUACGUUAUAUCCUUUCCUAGCCAAAGAAUCCCAAGCAUAUGCCCCCUCCUCAGGGAAACAGCAAUAAAGGUCAGUGGGGCUGCAGUAGGGAGAAGAGCUCCCAGUACUUCACCCUGUUGGACACCAGAGACCUUGAAUGAGCAAAGACAGGCAGAGCCAUUCAUGGGGGGGGGUCCUAUGCCCCAGGAGUGGGGCAUAAAUUCUGGCACUCUCCAGUCAUGCUGCACCAGAAGAUGAAAUUGUAUCCAGACUUAGAAAUAUUGGGUGUUAUAUUCUGACCACACUGGCUCACCCAGAGGAGAGGUCAGGAGAGGACUCCCAUUCCCUGAUCGCUCAGCCUUGGCAGGGAAGUCACUGCAAGGUUCUGCUCACCAGCACUCCCCUGGAGUGAGCCCAGGGGAGAGUUGAGUCCCUACUAUGAAAAUUUAGGUCAAGGUGGCCCCACGGGAACUUGCAUGCAACUGUGCUUGUCCAUCAAGCUGGUGGCAGCAGCUGCCUUGAGUCUGACACCUGCCUUCUGUUGUCUCUUUGGGGCACA